AUGGCGUCCUUCUUCUCCAGUGUACGCCAAGGAUUAGCUGGUCGGUCCAAUAAAGGCAAUCAGCAGCAGGGCAAAGGUGGAAGUCCUUCGCCAACGACUCCAUACUCAGCAUCUCCUACUUCACAACAGGCACAGAACGUGCCACCGAUGCCAGGCUCACCCGCACUUUCUUCUGCCAUGUCCUUUGAAAGCCAAGGUGCUCCAUCAGAUGGGUCUGUGCCGUCUGGCACCCGCAGACCGCCAUUCUUCUUCCGCGAAGAGUACUCCACCCUCAUUGUGAAGGGCAACUUCAUGACGGUGGCGGCAAAGCCUAAGCUUGUAGAAGAAGGUGAAUGGCUUGCGCAUCAAGUCGUUGAACAGUAUCGCCUGCUUGAGCAGAUGAUUGAGGUCAUCAAAGUAGUUGAUGAGCGGACGGGCAAACCGAUAUGCAACCCAGAUGUCUGCCCGACCAUGUCAGCUAGUGGUCACACAUACACUUGGCUAGACAACAACAAGAAGCCGAUCAAGAUCCCAGCCAUUCAAUACAUCAACCUCGUUCAGAAGUGGAUUGUCGGCAAAAUCAAUGACCCUAACAUCUUCCCCACAGAUACGGCCAACGCGACUGUUGGAACAUCUCCUUACGCGUCAGGCUCCCUGACACCGAGCUCUACAACUGUUCCCCUUGGGCCGACCAGCUCCAACGCCCCACUUUCUCAGCUCGCUGGGCGGGAGUGGCUUGGGAAAUCUUCAGGGUUCCCAGAAACAUUUGAAGGAGAUAUCAAGAGCAUAUACCGUCAGAUGAUGCGAUGCUACGCUCAUAUUUACCAUGGGCAUUGGCUGGAGCCUUUCUGGAACGUGAGCGCAUACCAGGAGCUAAACACAUGCUUCAUUCACUUCAUUAAUGUUGGACGGUUAUUCAAUCUUAUUGGAGACAAGGAGAUCGAGCCGAUGCAACCGCUCGUUGACUUGUGGGCUGAGAAGGGCAUGUUACCGUCUCCUACGGCAAAGGAGAACCCACCGCCGCGGAGCUCGGGAGGCCAACCGGCGGCUACUGCUUCCUAG